AACGGACUUAUCAUCUACAAUCUUGAAUCAUAAGGAAGUGUACCGUAGCAUUGGGUCGCACGCGAGAUUCUUUGCCAAAGGAAUGAAAUGUCUAUACACAUCUGAGGGUGAAAUACCAGAUGAAGGUACUGCGUUUUUGUUGUUUUGUGAUGCAUUAGAGUCUGGGAGCUCAUGCACAUCCCCAUUUACAGCAGACAUGAUUUUCUUUCCAAUAAUGCAGUUGAAGUGGUGUUAUUGUGUCUGUGUGAACAUCAAGGCGAAUAAGGUUGAAGUUUUAGAUCUUUCCUCAUCGUCGGCAAAAGCUGAUGAUAAAUAUGAAGGCAUGCCAGCUAGCGUUGUUGACAUGUAUGUGAAGUUUUUGAGCAAUCAAGGGUUGGAAGGACUGAACCCUAAGGCCUCAGAGUUUCAUCCCUCUACCAUUCCAGGGGGUAGGGAGGAAUCCAAAUCUAAAACACUUGAUGAUAGUGGCAAGGCUUUUCCAAUUCUGCCUAUUGCUGACCCUGAUCAGACUUGUGGCAUGAAUUCUUCAGCAAAUACUAUCCCCUUAAAUAAAGGUGUUCCUCUUGCAGAACUGGAUCCUGGCCCCAUAUCAGGUGAGGAUGAUAUUGAAGAAGUAUGGUCUGAUGAGGGAUAUGCUAGCCCUAUUGGAGAUGAGGAUUUCUUUUCUUCACCCAUGUCUGAAGAUAAAUCUAAGAACAACAUAACUGAAAUUCCAACUGAAACUCCAGCUGCCAAUACAAGGAAAGGAGCCUCCAAAACUAAACCCCCUAAGCCACCUACUCGGAAGAAAUCUGGAAAGACCAGAACUUCCCCCCUCCCAAAACAGCUCAUUAAUGGAUUCCACACUUGUGUGGAAUGCAAAAUCUGGAUAUUCUGGAAGGAUACCUACUCCAUUGAUCUGUUAACUAAUGAAGACCAAGUAGUCUUUGUGAAAGCUACUCAGCUUUCUAGCUGCAGAAAUAGUGUUAUUGCAUUUGUCUAUGCAAAAACAAAAAGUUGGCUUAGGAAGGACCUCUGGAAUUCAUUAGUUCAGUUUGCUCAGUCUCAUGACAAUGCUACUCCCUGGGCUGUGAAAGCUUGGGGAGUUAAUGUGACAGGCCCACCCAUGUUUCAACUCUAUGCCAAACUUAAAGCUACUAUGUUGGCUUUGAGUAAAUGGAAUAAAGAGGUCUUUGGGAAUAUAUUUCUUAAACUGGAGGAACUUGAGGCAAAUGUACAACAGGCUGAGGAAGUAUACCAACAGGAAAACAGUGAUGAGAAUCUGCUCAAGCUAAAAGCUAUUACAGCUCAAUAUACUCAUCAGUUGCACCUUGAGGAAAUGUUUUGGAAACAAAAAGCUCAUAUCCAAUGGAUUGAAGGAGGGGACAGAAAUUCCAAGAUCACUGAUGAAGACAAUCAACAGCUUGUGGCCUCUCCUUCCUUGGAAGAGGUAAAGGAUGCAGUGUUCUCUUUAAACCCUAACAGUGCUGCAGGUCCGGAUGGCUUCACUGGCCAUUUCUUCCAAAAAUGCUGGGACAUUAUACACUUGGAGAUUUUUGCUAUGGUUUGUGGUUUCUUCAAAGGGGAUUACAUGACUAAAGGGAUAGCUCACACUGCCAUUGUCCUACUUCCAAAAGUGGACAGCCCUAACACAUUUGCUGACUUUAGACCCAUUAGUCUAUGUAACUUCAGCAGCAAAAUCAUUUCUAAGGUAAUGGCUUCUAGGCUUGCUGGAAUACUUCCUCAUGUGAUAUCUUCAUCACAAUCUGGGUUUAUUCAAGGGCGAUCUAUAUCUGAAAAUAUUCUUAUCACUCAAGAGUUAUGUCAUGGGAUGCAACUUGGUAAUAGGGAUAUUGUGUUAAAAUUGGAUAUGGCCAAAGCAUAUGACAGGGUUUCAUGGUCCUUCUUAAUUAAAAUCCAAAGGCAGCUGGGGUUCUGUGAACAAUGGAUUGAUAUGGUUUUUAGAAUGCUCUCCAACAUAUGGUAUACUGUCCUCAUUAAUGGUCACAGGGAAGGUUUCUUCACAUCCUCUAGGGGUUUGAGACAAUGGGACCCCCUUUCCCCUAGCCUGUUCAUUAUUACAGCUGAGUUUCUUUCCCAAAUUCUCAACCAAAGGA